UCUGCAUGUCACUAGACCUCCCUUUACCUAGCACAUAUUGUCAAGAGAACGACUCCACCACCCGGAAGAAAGACCUUGUUCACAGAGAGAUAAUCUUGCAAAAGGUUGAUGUACAAAAGGAUGCGGAAUAUGGAGAAUGGACGGUGGUCAAAUACGCAAAGAAAUAUACCGGAAAAGGUCUUGAAAACACAUCUCAAAACAAAAAACCUUCUAGAGCUUCUCAUCAACUAUCCAAUUGCCCUUGUUGGAGAAGAAACAAUGUCCACCACCCAAUAAAUUUUACCCACUGGCACAGGGCCCACAUGAAAACCAAAAUCUCAGCCUCUCAUACAAAACCAGGUGUCAAAACCACAAUCCUUGUAAUUGGGGAAGGAAAAUACACUGCCACAUUAGAACAUAUCCAAAAAUGCAAACGAAGAAUUUAUUGA